AUAGGAAAGGACCUGAUCAGACGACCGAUCGUUCAUCGAUCCACCUGUCUUCGUCAACAUGGUGGAUCCGUUGCUACCACCAAGUGGGGCCUAGGUACCUAGGUUUCAUUCAGUUAUAAGGCUGGCUUGUUUGCGCAGAGGAAUUGGGACGACAGACCAACAACAAGUUCCUUCAACAUUCACAAUGAAGUUCGCUACCGCUCUCGCAUCCAUCUGCUUCACCCUUGCUGCGGCCCUGCCUGCGCAGGUCGAGGAGCGCCAGGCAUACGUUCCUUGCCCGGCCGGCAUCUACUCUAACGCCCGAUGCUGCGACAGAGAUGCCUUCGGGAUCCCUCGCAUCGGCUGCUCCACCCCGUCGGACACGCCUACCAAUGCGGCCAACUUCAGGGACAUAUGUGCCGAGAAAGGGGAGGUUGCCAGUUGCUGUGUGACCCCACUGUUCCCGGGCUCAGAGGUUGUCUGCGACGAAGCGCCCGGUGUGUAGGGGCAGCAGUAGAAGGUGCAGGAAUUUGGGGUUUCCAGUCUCAC